ACCAAUCCAUCGAUCACUACAAUCCUGGGCAUUGAAACAAGUUGUGAUGAUACUAGUGUUGCCGUUGUAGAUAGUAAUAGGAAUAUAAGAUCAGAGUAUAGGAAGGCUCAAUGGGAUAUACAUAAGAAGUUUAAUGGUGUCGUGCCAAAGUUGGCAUCCGAUGCACACAAGGCCGUGAUUGAUGAAGCCGUCGAACAGGCAUUGGCCAUGGCAAACACAGAUAUCAAUGCAAUCGAUGCCAUUGCCGUUACAACUGGUCCUGGCAUUGCGCUGUCACUGGAGGUUGGAUUGGAGAAGGGUCGUCAGUUGGCAAAACAGUACAACAAGCCAUUCAUAUCGGUCAAUCACCUCGAAGGACAUUGUCUGGCGUGUCGACUGUCAUGUCCCGACAUCCAAUUCCCCUUCAUGACACUUCUGGUCAGUGGUGGACACUCACAACUGCUCGUAUGUCACGGUGUCUCCUCAUAUACCCUGCUUGGCAACACUCUCGACGACUCUGUUGGCGAGGCAUUAGACAAGACUGCCCGAAUGCUUGGUUGUGGCUUUGGUGAAGUUGAUGAUGGAGAUAAGAAAUACACCAACAUACAUGGAGGUGAAGCAAUCGAGAUCUUAUCCAGAAAAGGUGAUCCAAAGAGAUUCCCAUUCACAAUACCAUUGAUUGGAUCAAAGAAUUGUGAUUUCUCAUUCUCUGGACUCAAGUCAUCGGUCAAGCGAUUGAUUGGUGAGCUGACUGCGGACAAACCAAAUGGUGAGCUGUCAAACCGGGAUAGGUUCGACCUGGCAGCAUCAUUCCAAUAUUGUGCCUUUAAGCAUUUGGAGAAGAAGACACUCAAGGCCAUCACAUGGUACAACAGCAAACUAAACACAACUGUCAAUGGAAAGUUGUUUGAACCAUUGCGUGGCCUCGUAGUGACGGGUGGCGUGUCCAAGAACAAGAAGCUGAGACAACAAUUCGAGGAGUUGGGCACACAAGUUGGUGUGCAGAGCUACUUCCCCGAGCCAGCACUAUGUACAGACAAUGGAACAAUGAUCGCAUGGGCCGGCAUCGAGAUGUACAAACAUAAGAUGUUCACGGCACCAGAGGACGCCUACUAUUUGCCAGUGUGGCCUCUGGACCCUUCACCAAUCUCGCUGUUUGAAUCCAAUCUAAAGCCCAAGGAUAUAAAGAUCAGAGAGGGUUGGUACAAGGAUGUAGUCGAGAAGUAUGGUCCAACAACAAACAACUCGUCGUCGUCGUCA